AUGUUGUGGAUAAAUAUAGCCUUGCAAAGUUUCCAACAAAAGAAAUCAUCGACAAAAGAAAUUGUCAACAAAAAGAAUCAUCGACAAAAGAAAUCAUCAACAAAUAGAAUUGUCAACAAAUGGGAAUCGUCAACAAAAGUAAUUGUCAAAGGAGAAAGAAAAGUUAAGGCUUGA